CGUUUAUAAAUUCAAUACACGAACAAUGGCGGCGUUUUGGAUUCUCGGUGAAAAAAUAACAAUUUAUAUUUGCAAGUGUUUAUUUCAAAUACUGUUCAUAAUAGUUAAUUAUUUAUUUUGUUACGGCGUCAUCCUUUUGAACAUUAUUUCGUUCUUGACGUGAAAAGAGCGCUCGAAAAAAUCGCCGAUAAUUGGCCGUAAAGAAAACACUGACGACAUAAAAUAUGUGCAUGCCGUAUUUAUUGUUGAAGUUGAACCCAAGAAAAAUAUCAACAGUGUCAUAAACUCAGUAAUAAAAUGUCCCAUCGCCAUUAUGUUCAAAGGCAAACUGCUACUUACGGGUUGUAAAGACUUGGUGAGAGUCUCCAGUUGAUGAAUUCUUUCCUUUUUUUAUCAUGUCUAAAAAAGUCAUUUGUUUCCACUAACAUCGCCACAAAACAAUAAGGAAGGCAUGCAUGUUGAGGUCAGAGUAUGUCGUCUAGUAAAGUUGACAUGUUCCUGCUGAACAGUGGAGGGACAAACUUCACCGAGACCGCCCCUCGUCCGCCAGUCCCUGGGGAAGAAAACGAGAAGGAGUCCAAUGGGGGAAUGUCAACGAAGAGCUCUGGGUCACACAAGAGCCAGGUCUCCCACACGUCUGGUCGUAGCGUGAGCUCCAAUAAAGGUGAUAUCAAUCCAGCUACACCACGGAAAUCAAACAUCGAGAAGCCUGCCAAUGUGAAUCUUUCCAUUUGUGGUAUUGAUGAUGAUGACGCUCCUCUUGGAUUCGAGCCAGAAGGUUCUGCUACAAACUCUCCGCCAUUCACUGAAAACAGUACGCCCCCGUACCUCAAAUGGGCUGAAAGUUUGCACAAUCUUUUAGAUGACCAUGAUGGUGUUAAAUUGUUUCGAAAUUUCCUCGAUCAGGAGGAAAUAGGCUCAGCUUCUAUAGAUUUUUGGUUUGCAUGCCAAGGAUUGAAGAAAAAGCCAAAAAAUAGUGAAGAAAUACCUCAGUUAAUUAAAUUAAUGAGAACUAUAUACAAAAAAUAUAUCAAAGGUGAUAGGUUGCCAUUUAUAGAUUACGAGACCAAAAGGAUUAUUUCGGAAAGUAUUAGUUUGCAAAAAAGUGACGUGGAUGUUACCUUGUUUGAUGAUGUUCAAGCUCAGGUGGAAACUUACAUGAAGAGCAACACAUAUCCUUUGUUUUUGAAGUCAGACCUUUAUGUUCAGUAUGUGUCAAAGGAGGGUGUUAGUCCAAAAAGUUCAAAUUCUAGUAGUAGUACGAACAGUAGACCGGUAUCGUCUGGUCCCCUCCCAACAUUGCAGGAGGACCAAGAGUUGGGAGCUAGUGACUUGUCCUGUACAGUGAUGGGCCCACCCCCCAUCAGACACCAUAGUCGCCCCACGCACGUGGACACAGUGCGACCAGAAGCAUUAAGUUCCCUGUACCCAUACCACCCACGGCCAGUGUCACAUCACAACUCGUACGCGCCGGUGUCUGCACAGGACAGCGAGCUCCAGAGCCUGUCCAGUCAGGACACGUUCUCAGAGGAUGCCCAGUCCAUCACUGACAGUAGCAUAGACGGUCAUUCUUAUCGAGAGAGGCGAACACGUCGGGGUAUCAGACUUAGACGACCGCCGCCGAAUCGGGAGAAUGAACAUGAGCCCUUUAUUCCUCGACCUGACCGGGGCAAUUUAGCCAAGGACAGGAACAUUGCGGAGACAGACUGUCCGCGGUUUGCCAAGAUGCUUAUAGAGAAGCUGCAGGCAGUCGUGGAUGAGAUAGAGAAACAGGAGCGCAUGCAGAACUCUCUCAAUGCCAUCAGGAACGAAGGUCACGAAACCUUAGACCGGUCAAAUGUAUCAAAUACAUCAAUAAAAAACAACACGACAUCUACCUCGUUACCUCCCCUCCUCACCUCCUCGUUCAUUGAAGAGGAGAAUGCAGAUUCUAUAUUAGAUGAGCAUUGCUCGAGGAUAUGGGAGCGGUCGGCUCAGCAGACACCUAGCCGGUCUCCAGGCAGACACUCCCCGCACUCAAAAUCUCCAGACCGAUUUCGGAAACCUUUACCUCAUUCAGGCAGUGCUAGUAUGUCUGGAACAUUACAACAUGUGCGCUCGUCGCAGAGUAAAAAACGGACUAACAUGUCACAUUCCAUGUCAUCAUUUGACAGCGGAAUGGGCGACGAUCUUAAUAAGUGUGUAGAAACACAUAAGCAUAUUCAUCAUCAUCACCACCACCAUCACGAGAAACAACAGAGAAAGAACAAACAGAGGCUGGAGUUGCAGGCGCAGCAGCACAGCAUGGUGUGUUGGGGGGACGGCACAGCACAACACCAUGGCGUGCGCAGCGCGCGUCAAAAGGCUCGUGUCAGCUCAGAUGUGUGCAGUAACCUGGACAGCGGAAUAAGCAUGGUGGAGUCAUGCCCAGCCACUCAGGAUCUUGCCAUAGACCCAGCACAGACAAAGGUGCUUCAGUGGAUCAUGGACAAUGAAAACAUGAACCGUGGCACGAGUUCAGCGUACACGGACUCAGACAGGACGAGCUCCACUCAGAAACGGUCGCACAAGUCGGCAUUGACUCCUGUCCCUCAGCAACCUUACAAACACAGUAGUUCCAAGAAGAGCAGCAGUGGUCACAGCAUGAACCGGUCUGCGUCUGUUGACAGUGGGAGUCGUGUGCCGUGGGUGGGAGGGGACGCAGGCGUGAUGCCCAGUCAGCCCUUCGUGCAGGACCCCUCGAUGCCUCUCAUGCCCCCACCAAACACUCGGGUACAGCUGGAGGAGGUCAACAGGAGACUGUACGCUGGGGACACCAGUGGGCCCAUCAAGUCAAAAUCCUCUGCAGGCCCCAUGGCAGCCAAGGACCGGCGCCCAGUCAUGUCUAUCUCCAUGGGCUCAGGCCAGGACAUGUGCAAGUACUCCAGUACAGUGCCUGCUGACCUUGACCUCUCCACCGAUAGCUUUGGGAGAAGGGUUGGCAAGAGGACCUCGGGCAGUGGCAAUACCAGCAAUAUGUCUGGAUGCAGUCGACCUGAGGAGAUCACCAUCGGUUACUACUUCUGCGGGGAUCCAAUCCCCUACAAGACAACCAUCCCUCAGUCAUGUAUCACCCUCGGACAGUUCAAGCAGCACAGCAAGCGUGGAAACUUCAGGUAUUUUGUCAAGACGUUCAGCAAUGAUUUCGACUCUGAGGCCGUGUAUGAGGAGGUACGAGAGGACCUCAAGUACCUGCCUGUCUACGACGGCAAAGUGCUUGUGAAGAUCGAGCGAAAAGAUGACCUCGAUUCGUCGAACAAGUCAUCUGGAAGUGAGAAAAAGUUCCAAUCUUGAGUUGGCUUUGACGUUGUUGUGUUGUGAAAGUGUUCAAAGCCUCGGCUCACUUGAUGCUGAGUAAGGGAAGUUACAAAGGACGGGAACCGUGUGGUGCUGUAUGAGACCUAAGGGUUGAAGGUCAGCUUGGGGGAUGAAGUUUGACAAACCUUCAGACUUGUCAUAUAAUGGAUUGUGUAUGGCUUGAAAAAAGCAUGAGCAGAAUGGCAAAAGAGGGGUAAUAGAUGUUGAGGAAUUAUAACUUUCUGCAAUAGUGAAACCAUGGACAUAUUGGUGCUUUCAAUGACAGCUUGUUUGCAAGCUAAGUCAUGUUUGAUUUAUUCCAUUUCGUUGUUUCGAGUUUCAGGACUGGAAUAUAUUGGUAGAAAAAGGGAGAGAAAAAACAUUGAAUGAGAAAAAACUUUUGAGGCCGGGAAAACUAAAUUUGGAGAACAAAAGCUGUUGCAAUAUAAACAUUCAUAGAUUUAGUGUAUAGAACAAUGUACAGUUUGUAUCAUGCAGACACUAAAAUACUUGUGAUGUUUGCUAUAUUAAGACAUAAUAUGAAGCAAAAAUGAAUCUUAUUUAUUUAUGUUAGUUGUUGUUCUGUUUUAAGGCAAAUAACUUUUAAAAGUUGUGUUAAAUAUGGGUGAUUGUUUGAUGUCAGCCAUAUUUAUAAAAUAGUGGAGACCUUUGUUGUUAAUAUAUGUUCGUGUAAUGUUUACUGGUCAAAUAUAGUGCUAUUUAAAACUGAACUGCUGAUUCAUCAAGAUAUUGAUUAAUUCAGGAUAACAUAAGUGGUAACUAGUCAAAGCUUAAAUUUGAAUAAGUUUUGUUCAAAGAUUACUCACAAAGUAGAUAACAAAACUGUUUUUAUCUAUUAAACAGGUGUAAGACUGAUGUACUAGUAAUUGUAUGUAAACAUGGUGUAUUCAUCAUUUUGAAACACUGCAGAUGUAAAUUAAAUUGAUUACUAUUUAUAACAUUCCAGCUGUUUUCAUUCGUGGACUUUUGUGUUUUGUCCCAUUGCAUAACACCAAUCUCUUGUUAUCAUUUUAAUGAAAACAUUUGUACUUGUCAUUUUUCAAGCAACGUCCUAACCUAUGUAUUUUUAGUGUUCGCCAUAAUGACUUUCACAGAAAUGUAAGCAUUUUAAAGACUUGUUUUUUUUAAAGAUAACAGGCAUAUUUUAAUUAUCUAAUAUAACUUUAAUGUGAAAUGUUCUAUGUAAUUAAGUUGGUGCUACUGAUUUACAAUGUUAUUUCACCUACCCUGCUCAGUUGACAUCAUUCUUCACUGCUGUAUUCAAGCAAUCCCAAUCUAUAUCAACAUUAUGGGCCGUGCUCUGUGAACAGGCGGUUGAAUUCACGUGUGUUAAGUGUGGUCCCAGAUUAACCUGUGCAGUCCAUACAGGCUGAUCAGAGAUGACAUUUAUUUAUAAUAUGCUUAAAGAAAGUCUCUUCUUAGGCUACUGUCUGUAUUUUUGUUAUAAACAGUUCCAUGAAGACAAGUAACAGCAUUAUUGCAGAAUUAUGGCGACAUUGCUUUCAGAAAUAUUGAUUCAAACUCGUGGAGAAUACCUCUUUUCAGUGAGAAUAAUUUUUUCAGUGUAAGGUACUGGUCACGUUUCAGUGAACUAAAAUCAUGUAUUGAUUGUUUUGUAGCUAUCAUUUAUUACAUUUAAUCAAUCAAAUAUUGACCCAAUUGUCAGAUUUAUGCUUGUUACCAUUAUAAAGGAAUGUUGUUAUUCAAGGGCAUACAGUAAGCAUUAGUUACGUUCAUUUUUUUAACGGUUAAAAUUUUAUUUGCACAGUUUGUGACUGCAAAUAAUUGCAUAUCAGAGGUUGUAUAAACUGUGGUAUCUGAUAUAGAUGUUUGAAGCUAAUACAACAGUUUCAUUAACAGCUCCAGAGAUAUUGAUUGUAGCAUCAUCAUCAUCAUCAAUAACAACAUUUGUAAUACCUCAGGAACCAUUCUUGGUGUGUGUUUACUUGGAAAGUACCACACUGUUUUCAGCAUGUGGAAUAUUGCCUGUGCGUUUUAAAAUUGUUUUUAUUCGUUCUCAAUGAAAAUUUAUAAAAAACA